AUGUCUCCUCUCAGCAGCACGUCCCUGGAAGAAGAGGGGAAUACAACAGGGACCUGGACCCAGACCCAGAAGCAGUCAACUUGUCUGCACGAAUGUCGAACCGAGCCAGGUUGCUCAAUGCUUACAGUGCGUGGCCCGGAAGAACUUGGAAAUGGUCACGUACCGCCUGUUAGAGCUCCCAUGGAGCACCUGCGGCGAGCUGCUCUGGGCCAUCGUCACCUCGCCGUACUGCAGUGGGGAUGCGGUCCUGUCCCUACUCCUGGCCAAGGAGAGGGAGGGCCCUUGGCCGCCUCAAGGAGAGGAACAGACCACCCAUCCUCUUCCUGCAGCUACGGCCAGAGCGACAAGGCUCAUCAGGAGGAUCGUCCGGUCCGAGGAGUGCCCCGUGGUGCUGGAGGCUUGGUUCCCCGAAGUUCUGCUCUGCCUGGUGGAUACCAUCAUCACAGGCACCAGGCAGCAGAAUACAUCAGCCCAAGGAGGGGACCAUCUGCCUCUGGAGUGCUGCUAGCCAGGGUGGCACACCUGACCCUGGAAGAGAGCUGCACGGAGAUGUUGUGCAGCCCCAGCUGCUGCCUCCACGGCAUGGCCAUGUUGGUGACGUAA